AAAAUUGACUUUCCGUAGCAGGUUUAGAAUAACUUACGCAACAGCUUAGGAUAAUUAAUGUAGCGGGUUGGGAGGAAUAAGUUAAGGUUAGGAAAUCGGUUAGGGUUAGCUAGAAUGCACCAAAACAACUUUUGACGUCAAUUCGACAAAAGCUAUAUACAAUGGUUGGUUCCACCCCCACGUGUAAUACUGUUUCGUCAGACGCUCCCUACACUGUAGGCUGGACAAUUGAAAGAGUCAAAAUUCACCCAAGCCAGUGACGUUUCUGAAUUUGUGAAUAAAUACUCGAGCGCCACGAAGGAAAGAUCGUGAAUGCAUGACAUGAACUGAUUGAGGAGAAGUUGCAGGAGGACACGAUAAAUUAAUUAAUAAAAGCCACAUAAUUUAGCUACCUACUACAUUAUUUUAUUUGCCAAACGAAGAACACUAACAAUGAUGAACGGACAAAUUAACGGUUUUCAUAACUCCCUUAUUGACGAGGACUGCUUCCUAUUCACCUCGGAGUCGGUAGGAGAAGGACACCCUGAUAAGAUUUGCGACCAAAUCAGUGAUGCAGUGCUUGAUGCCCAUCUCAAACAGGAUCCUGAUGCCAAAGUUGCUUGUGAGACUGUUGCUAAGACUGGGAUGAUCCUGCUGGCAGGUGAGGUGACAUCGCGUGCUACAGUGGACUAUCAGAAGGUUGUUCGUGACACCAUCCGCCACAUUGGAUACGAUGACUCCUCCAAAGGUUUUGACUAUAAGACCUGCAAUGUGCUGGUGGCCCUAGAGCAGCAAUCUCCAGACAUUGCCCAGGGUGUUCACAUCGACCGCAAUGAGGAGGACAUAGGGGCAGGGGACCAGGGCCUGAUGUUUGGUUAUGCUACUGAUGAGACUGAGGAGUGCAUGCCCCUCACUAUUAUGCUCGCUCACAAGCUCAAUGCUAAAAUGGCUGAACUGCGUCGCAAUGGCACCCUGCCCUGGCUCCGGCCUGACUCCAAGACCCAGGUGACCGUUCAGUACCGCCAGGACCGUGGCGCCAUGCUGCCAGUGCGUGUCCACACCAUCGUGGUCUCUGUGCAGCAUGAUGAGGACAUCUGCCUGGAUGAGAUGCGCGAUGCUCUGAAGGAGAAGGUCGUCAAGGCUGUGGUGCCCUGCAUUUACCUGGAUGAUGACACCAUCUAUCACAUGCAGCCCAGUGGACGCUUUGUCAUCGGAGGCCCACAGGGUGACGCUGGCCUGACGGGCCGUAAGAUCAUUGUUGACACUUAUGGAGGCUGGGGAGCCCAUGGUGGAGGAGCCUUCUCAGGGAAGGACUACACUAAGGUGGACCGCUCUGCUGCCUAUGCUGCCCGCUGGGUGGCCAAGUCUCUGGUUAAGGCAGAGCUGUGCAAGAGGGUCCUGGUUCAGGUUGCAUAUGCCAUCGGAGUGGCACACCCCCUCUCAAUCUCCAUUUUCCACUAUGGCACAUCCCAGAAGAGUGAGAGGGAGCUGCUGGACAUCGUCAAGAAGAACUUUGACCUUCGUCCUGGUGUCAUUGUCAGGGAGCUGGAGCUGAAGAAGCCAAUGUAUCAGAGGACUGCUGCCUAUGGCCACUUUGGCCGGGAAUCCUUCCCAUGGGAGGUGCCCAAAAAGCUCAAAUACUAAACCUGUCAAGCUUUUUCCCCCAGGCCUGUUGGUGUAUACUACAGAGAAGCCUGCAUGGUCUUGGGGUGAAAGGCCCUUUAAACCCCCUUCCCUCUUAAUGGCAUAUUAAAACCUGAUCUACCCCUCCACCUUCCCUCAAAAUGCACCCCAACCCCCCCCUAACUCUGCUCUUAUCUGUACUGUCUUUUUGCUGUUAGUAGUAUAAGCUCUAACGUUCUCAAAUAUUUCAGGAAAGUAAUGUUAAGAGAAUAAAAGGGUGUUAGCUAGCUGCCUGAAUCACUGAAAUGUGCUUCAUUGUCCCCUUUGAGGAGGUCCUGAAGUACCCUGGUCUUCUACUGAUGUCCCUCACACUACAACUCCUAGCCCCUGCCCAGCCUUAACCAAACUGCAGUAUUUACACUUUCUUAGUAUCUGGCUUUAGCUGUCCUUAUACUUGAUCAGUUUGGGAAUAUUUUAUUACCGUUAAGUCGGACUUACCAAGGCUGCACAUGUAUCAUGUUAAUUUACUGGUGCUAUGGAUGUAAAGGACACCACUCGAAGCAAACAGUUUAGGGAUGCAGUAUUGAUUGAGGAUCCCCAUUAGAUACUCUUCCUGGGGUCCAAACAGUAAUGCCCCUAAUCUUCCUUUUAGUGUAGACUUUUUUUUUUUUUUUUUUAAGUCUGGUUUUGUGACCCCAUAAUCCUUCUCCCUCACCUUUCAAGCUUUGACUUCAAUUAUCCUUGUGGAGGAUAUAAAAAGGGCACGGUUUUAAGGGUCAGUGGUUGCUAUUUUUCAAAAAUGCUAUGCAUUGCAUGCUGAGUAACAAACCCAUUUUUAUUGUCAAGUUCUUGAAUAAGCAGAGUAAAGACUGAUGGCCCUGCAGAUGUCUGUGCUGUUUUCUGACGUAAUACAGAAAAGUCAGAAGCUGCUAUGUCACUGCGACAGUCUGUAGGGGUGUUUGAUUAUGUCACUGCGACAGUCUGUAGGGGUGUUUGAUUAUGUCACUGCGACAGUCUGUAGGGGUGUUUGAUUAUGUCACUGCGACAGUCUGUAGGGGUGUUUGAUUAUGUCACUGCGACAGUCUGUAGGGGUGUUUGAUUUUAUACUUGUGAUCGUUUAAAAUAUUCUCAUUGGAUUGUCCUAAUGUUUGAAGUUUCAAUUUUAAACAACUCCUUCAAAAGUGAUUUUAAUUUCCUUCUGUUAUUUACAUUUGAUAUAAAAUGGCUUAAGGUCAAGGCCCUCUUUCCUUGGGUAUUGGUGGCAGUUGUAGCUACAAAUAAACCACAAUUUUUAUCCUGAAUGAGAGCUGUCUUUGCCACAAUGGCAUAGCUCUUACUACUGGCAAACAAUAUAAAAUAAACCUUUUUUUAAUAUUUAUUUUUUCUCUGAAACUUGCCAUGGCUUCAGAAGGCAGCUUAAAAGUUUUUUAAUCACAUUUUGACUUGACUGAAUGCCAUUACUAAGUUACUAUUUUUCAGUCUUUCUCUCGUGGUUCCAAAGUGUCAUACAGAAAAGCUUUGUCUGCUUCCACAGGGAACUGUCACUGGCUGAUGUGAUGAGUUGCUAUUUUGACCACAGAUUAUUUUGGGUGUGAUUGUAUUAACCGUACAAGUCUACUGUUUGCCUAACUCCCCCACCUUAUCCUUACAUGAAGAGAUGGCAAAGUUUGGCUGGUGUUGUACAGAGAAACCAGCCUUGUUUACAAGCUGUCUCUUGUAUGGAUGGGGUUUCCCCUUGGAGCUUUGGUUUUGUUUCCUGUUACCACUCGAAGACUAGUCUGCUGGCUACUGUGAGUAAGAGUGCCUUUUCUAUUUCCUCCCCAAUCCCUGUAUUGAACCCAUUUUUUUCCCCCCUCCUGUUCUCUAUCAACAUGCAUCUGACAUCCUGAGGAACAGGGAGCUUGUCUCAAUUCUGUCUUGAGGUUGGCUACUGAUUCCUCAUGUCAAAUAAAUGAAAUAAAUGGCUACUUUCCUUCAUGAA